CUCUCAGGUUUACAAUUGUGCAUUGUGCAUGUUCUGUUGAGUGACUGUGGCCAGUUGGGUCGAGUUCGUGCAGAACGGUGUGGUCAUGACGAUAUCCUACUCGGGCGAGGUUGCAAACAGCAGCAGCUUUGGGUGCUUCUGGAGGAUAUUGUGCAAAUGGAAAGGCAGUGUGUACAAGCUAAUAUGGAGGGAACUUUUAGCUUACCUAUGUCUCUAUUUUACAAUCAACCUCGUCUACAGAUACGCGCUGCACGAGUCACAACAAAGGAUAUUCGAAAAAAUCCGUCUUUAUUUUGGGCAGCAGGGUGAGAGCAUCCCCAUGUCUUUCGUGUUGGGUUUCUAUGUCAGCCUCAUCGUCAAGCGGUGGUGGGAGCAAUACAGGCUGUUGCCUUGGCCUGACUCUCUGGCGCUCUUCGUGAGCGCAGCAAUACCGGGCGUGGACGAGAGGGGAAGACUCAUGCGCAGGAAUAUCGUCCGCUAUGCUAUGUUGUCUUACGUCAUAACCUUGCAGAAAGUCAGUUUCCGUGUGAAGAAGCGCUUCCCCGCAUGGCAACACAUGGUGGACGCGGGUCUGAUGAUGGAAAGCGAGAAAAAGAUUUUCGAGAUGAUGGACGAGAAGACAGAGAUGUCUAAGUACUGGAUGCCUCUCAUCUGGGCCACGAAUAUCAUCAACCGUGCUCGGAAGGAGUCUCUGAUCCCCAACGAUCACGUGGUGCAGACAAUACUGGUGGAGCUGUCGGAUAUACGGCGUAGACUCGGCUCCCUUAUCGGGUAUGACACCGUCUGCGUGCCUCUGGUGUACACCCAGGUGGUGACCCUCUCUGUCUACACUUACUUCAUCGCGGCGCUGAUGGGACGCCAGUUCAUCCUGUCUGACACUGACAUGUUCUUCCCCUUCUUCACUGUUCUUCAGUUCUGUUUCUACAUCGGAUGGCUGAAAGUAGCUGAAGUUCUUAUCAAUCCGUUCGGUGAAGAUGAUGAUGACAUCGAACUCAACUGGCUCAUUGACCGGCAUGUGAAGGCUGCGUACAUGAUUGUGGAUGAGAUGCAUGAAGAACAUCCGGAGCUGCUGAAGGACCAGUACUGGGAGGAAGUGGUACCCAAGGAUCUGCCCUACACGGUGGCCUCCGAGCAUUACAGGCGCACAGAACCCAAGGGCUCGGCCGAGAAUUUCAAAGUGAAAGAAGCAGAUUCCCUGUACGCCAAUCUACUGCCUUCCAGGAAGUCGGUUCCUGAUGACGUGUAUGCUGAUUACGAGAGCGUUGACACGCCGCUGGUAGAGCGAAGGAAGAACUGGUUUCAGCGGCAGCUGAAUCGAAUGGGGUCUGUGCGCUCCUCCAGCACCACCUACUCUUCAGGCCUCUUUGGUAGAGGGCGCCACAACUCGGUGUAUUCAAGUCCAGAAGCGGGACCUCCUGGGCCCCCGGGAGGGCCUAACUCCGUGCUACAGCACAAGAUGUCGUUUUACGACAGAUUUGUGAGCCGCAAGUCCGGUCGGGGGCAGCACCGCGGCGCCAGUAGACAAGGCACUACCAAGAUGAACGGGUCAGUAGUACCUAUGGCUCUGAAGAAUCGACCCCGAAUUCCCACACCGGACGUAACCAAAGAGGUGGUUGAUCGCGAGAACAAGCUCGCAAGCAUGAACAUUGUCAGCGGAACGAGUGGAGGUUCCUCCACGCCGGCGGUGCUGAAUGGCGUGCACCACCACCAUCACCAUCACCAAGGGUACUCGACCGAGCUACCAGUUGUGCAGGUGGUGCUGUCCCCAAUACAGGAAACGGAAGGUGGUUCUGGCGGACACCACCAUCACCACCAGGGCGGACCAGGAGGCACCGCUGCCCUAGCCCACGCGGUCCUGUCGCCUGCUCUCAAGACGGCAGGCAUCAGCUCCGUCACGCUGAACGGCAACCCAGGCACAGCGACUGCUGUUCUCGCUACAGCACCCGUCAACGUGGCUAUGAGCACCAUGACGCUCACGCCAGUCACGAUGAGUCAGCCUCUGCUCACGUCCCUAGGGUUCAGCAACGUGAGCAGCGCCCCUAACACACCACCACAGUCCCUGCAGGUGGUACAGCCAACCGUGACGCUCACAGAACUCAGUUCUGGUUCCGAGGAAGACGGGACAAACAGCGCUAACGAGAGCGCUUCGCGGGAAGAUCGCAGCAGGAAGGCGAGCGUCGCGUCGCAGGCCAAUUCCACCAAGCGCGGCGAAGUGUAUGUGUAGCCACUGCAUAGUGAACCGCAAUAAAUUAUCCGUAGGUAGAAGCGACGUGAAUGUGUUCGGAAGUCAUUUUACUGAGUCACUUCUCCGACAGUAUGGAAGGACAUUGCAGUCCCCAGACUGAAGUCUAAGAAUAGUAAAUACUGAGACACUCAAGACUGGAGAUAGAAAUGUGUAACAAUAAUAUGAAUUAUGAUUGUUCACUAGUGGGUGCACAUUAGGUUAUAAAAGCCUGACUGGUAAUUAUUAGGAUCAAAAGAGAGUCAACUGGAACCGAAGUUCAAUUUUGGAGACUGCAAAAAGGCAGCAGACUUUGAAGGACAGGUAGUUGUAGAUAUUUCUGCUGAGAUAAAUAAAUUGCAUUAGUAUGAAAAUUAAAAAUAAAUGACUCGAACAGCAGAGUACGUUGAGAAGUGGUCAAGAAGAAAAGUGUGCCAAGUUUUAAUAUUUAAUAGUAUUGUCAGUAAGAGUGAGUGAACAGGCUUGUAUGAAAUUCUGAAUUGGCUGUGAUGUCAACAAGCCAGAGUUGAGAGGUAUUCCUGUUUACAUCAAUAUACGCAGCGAAAUAUCUUCCUGUAUCAGGACAAGUUGCAUGCAUGAUCAUGAGACACUAUGCAGUAACUCACUGCUAUAGCUGGAUAUAUACAUAUUUAACGAUGACAUAAAUAUAUUACCAUAACUUCAAGUCCCUAGGUAUUAAAAUUGAUCGCAGAUGGUGCUGAGUGACUAUAUGGGAGUGGUACUAUUAAUAAUGUGCGUUGAAAUGUUGUCAUGCCUUGCCUUUGUCUAUGACCCAAAGGGAUCAGAUUACAAUCCCAACUGAAUUUCUUAUGUACAGAAACUAUGAUUUUAUUUUUGUGUCCUAGUUUAGCUUUUCACAUUCCAACAAGUUUUUACAUGACUAUUCUUGUAUUAUGUCUCAUAUACAAUAUAUACAGGCAGUAUACUCAAACUGCAUAACAUUGUUUAUCCAACAAAGAAUUUAUUUUUAAAGUUUAAAAUUUUGAGAUAUGUUGAAUAUCUGCAAGUGUGAUUGUUCAAGCAGUAUUUCGAAUCAUACUUAUACUUACUUAGCCAAGCUGCGUAUGCUACAGUCGUCACAACUGAGACUCAUGUUUAGGAGUAUUAGAUUGUUUGAGGAAGGUUCCUUAUAAAUAUGAGGGUUGUUCAAAGAACAUUCAUUUGUGAGUUGUUCAUAUUGAAGGAAUAAAGGCUGUUAAAGCAAUCCCCAUGGGCAUUGAGGCUGGUAUCCCAUUGCAGCAUUUGCUGAUGGGUUCCCUCCACAGACACCUCCCUGGGCUGCUGAUUGCAUCCAAUUGAAGCGCUCUCCAAUGGUCCCCUCCACAGAGAAUUUCCUUGGCUGCUACAGGCAUCGUCUUGCAGCACCAUCUGAUGGUUCCCCUCUACAGAAAACUCACUGGCCUGCUGGAACCACGGCACCUCUGUGGCCUUGGCUUCUUUCUCUGACCAAAAUCUAGG